AUGGCAAAACUCACUGAUGAUGCCGACUACGAUGCCGGCGAACACAUCUGUGUACCAAGUCCACUGUCUGAUGCUGGGAAUCAUGACAACUACUAUGGCAGACGACUUCGGACUAGGUGCGUCCUACCAAGUCGCCCUGACAACAAGACUAAGUUGCGACAACGAGGUCGACCCACUUCUAUAAAUAGAAAGGAGACCGCGACCAUACCAGAGGCUACAACAUCUUGGUCUUCAUAUCUUCAAGGUUGA